UGUCUCUGGGAUUUUACUGUCUGAAAAACGGGGUCCUGGCUGAGUUCAGCAUAGAGAUGGAGUGUGUGCUGUUCAUUGAGGGAGCAGUAAGGCAGCGUGGAAGAGUGGAAAUUUCUCUCUGGAGUGAGACUUUUCCAUAUUUUAGUGGCUGGGAUGUCGGCAUGGUGAAGCCGAGGCUCAGAAUGAGGAAAACCCAACUGGACUUUUCAUCACUUUGUGCAGUUGAUCUUGUGCUUCAUUGAGCGUGUUUGUUUAAAUUCCAGUUUCACAAAAGGAUUUAAAGAGUGGAUGAAAGGACCAGGAAGGCUAACUCAGGCUCCUGCUUUGAGCAGCUGUAGGAUAUAACAGUACUGGCAGAAGUCUCUGCUUCCAGGAAAAGAAUGCUUUGAAUAUUUUUGAAACGAUAGAGAGAAAAAAAGUUUUAUCCAGUUUAUGUUUGAUGUUAUUCUUGUGUCAGAUCAGUGGCUUCAUGGAAGGAAAUAUAGUGUUUACUUGUUCUGUUUUUUAGGAAAAAAGCCAUUCUGAAGUCGCUCCCACAUAAUCCAAUGGUAGAGCCGUUUCUAUUUCACAUCUGAUCCUGAAACUAACCCAAGAUCACUUGGUGCCAGAAUGAAAACAAACAAAAAACCAUGAGGUUACAAUAAAAAAAGCAACUGCUUACUUUUUAAUUCUUGUUGCAUUUGCAGUUCUAGGUGUGGGGUCAUAGGGUAUUGGCACCUGCUGAAAUCUGAUUGGCCCCCUGAAGUGCCCCUAUCCUGUCAUGUUGAUCAGAUUAUAGGUGGAAGCAAUUCCAAGUCCAAACACUAGUGGUGCUAAUGAGAUAAAUAGGAAUUUAAGAAGUGUUGGAUGAAUACGUUGCCCCUCUAUAAAUAUUGUGGCCCCCUACUCAGAAAAAUCCUAGAUCCACCUCUGUCUUGUUGUUUUUACAGACGUAAAAUAAAGAUUCUCGUCUGACAGCUCGUCUCAACUGACCAUGAGAGUCACCCGGAGCUAAAUCAGGACGCUAGCUGCUAAAAUGCUUUAUAGAGCUGAGAGGAAUGACAAACAGACCAGGAUUAGCCGCCAUGUGCUCACCAGAUUUAGUGCAUCUGAAACCCUAUUUGACAUAUUUAACUUGAUAAUCUUCAACAGAAUCAGCAACAUGUCAGGUAUCUGUGUGUAUUCUGGGAAUCACUUACUAAGACUGGGAAAAAUGUCCGAAAAUCCUUUUUACACGUGAGCAGGAAAACAAACAUGAUGUUUAGGACAUUUUCCAUGCUCUUCUCAUGGUAUUCAUAUAAGUCAUCAAAGGGCUCUGCAGGGAUGGGGGCAGAAACUCUGUAAUCGUUCGUGUCAGCAGGAGGAGGAGUGCACCUUUUUCUCUUCUCAUACACAACAGCAUUCAGAGAGAAAUGGGAUUCAUAAAUCAGGGGAAUGGGGAUGCAGGCGAGUAACUGGAAGAUUUUAAAGCACAAGAAAAUCUUAGGGCGCUGAUCUUACUGCGGGUUUUCAGCACUGGCUCAAAAACAGUAGGAUCAUCACUGGAUUCAUCUUCUGACUUUAUAGAAACCAAGAGUUGGUGAAAAUUAAGUGUUUUUCCAACAAUAGCUUGGCUCAGGACUGUGUUCUUCUUGCCCGUUGCUAUCACCUAGGCAUCUUAUUCAUCAGCCUCACUGACAGCAGCUUUUGGCUCCCAGAAGGCUCGGUGAGCCCCGCCUCCUGUUUCAGGAGCAUCUUCUCUUUGUCCAGGCUCCAGGUGUCCAAGCUGCUCUGGCCUCGGGUCUUUUACAGACCACAGGAAGUGGCGUUAUCGUAUCCCAGUCUGGACCGGUCCCCUCUUCAAAUGGGCGCUGUGACAAGUAGUGGCUGCUCCGGGAUUUCCCCCAUGUGGGUUUUAUCGUUUUCAUACAUGUGGAGUAAAGUGAUAGUUGUAGGCCUUUGGUUUGCUUUGGUUUUCCUUGGCAGGGGUCAAAGGUCUAUGGGAGCGGAGAAGUCAGAUAAAUACAGUAGAUGCGGGGGCUGGUUCUGCUUUCUGUCUGCGUAGGGAGGUGAGUUUAUUUUACCUUUCAAAGCUCUCGUCUCUUCCCCACACACACCAAUGCCGAACUGUGGAGCAGGCGGUCUAACGCCAGCAACCAGAAACCUCUCAUGCCAACCCCAACGAAUAAGAAUACAAGGAUAUUUGAGGGAUUAACGCUCUAAUGAGUCUUUCACAUUUUCUUGCACACACCGAACGUCCAUUCUGUUGCAGCUUUGUCCGUUUUUUUCUUUCGUGCGAGUUGCACCACAACACCCAGAGCUUAGAUUCACUCAGCAGGAGCUUCCUGUGAAAUUACACACUUGCGUGUCAUCAUAUUCUUUAAAUAAAUUGUGCAGUGCAAGCUGGGAAACAAACAUUAUCACAUGAAAUUACGUUUGGAAAACAAAGCAGCAAUUAGAAGAGUUUUUAUUCUGUCAUCACUAGUGAAACUGAAUGUGUUUGCCUGUGAGUGAGUCUGAGACUUGUGCACUGAACCCAAGUCAAACAAACAGCCCUCUUUGCCAUCUUUAACACUCCCCUCCCAUUUGUGUAGCCAGGGGGAGGAGGGGGAAGAAAUGCAGCAGUUAUUUAAAGCCACUGAGAGGAAUGCGAGCGCUUGGGACCGCUCUGACGGCGUGCAGGACCCUGUAGCUGCAGUGAUUAGCUCAGGUAAACAGAAAAACGCAGGCAGAGACUCAACCCGGCCCCGAGCUCCUCUGCGGAGUGUCUCAUGGGAGCAGGCACCUGACAAUCUCUGCAGAGCACGGUCAGCACUCCUCUACCUGCCCGGCCUCUGGUCCCGGUGCCGAGGCUGUUAGGUAGUCAUUAUGUGACAUCAUCUGCAUCGAUGCCAAGAUUCUGUUUGCUUCUCUUUCCUCAUGCAUCUCUGCCAGGAGAGGGGAAGAGGGGGCAGGGCCCAGCUGGAUCUGUGCCCACCCUAGAGCUAUUUUAAAGACAUGGCAUAUUUCCAUGAAUGAAAUCCCAGCGUGCAAGGCAGAGCUGGGUUUGGAUUGGGAUAAUUGCAACCCUGAGUUACCCCAUACCUGAAACAGAUCUGCUGUUGUCUUGUUUCUUCUGAUGUAGCACUUGUGAGAGUUGAUGAACGCCUCAGGUGGUGUUUGGAUAGCUGAAGCUGAGACCACUGGGGCUUCCUGGAGGCUGAUGGAGCUGCUUAGGGGGAGGAGGAGGAGGAAUGCGAGUUUGUGUUUGCAAAAGGCAGUGAUUAUGUCAUUUACUGCAACGUGUGGCUCAGAUCGAGGACUCAACUUCAGAGGUUGCUCCCGAGUUUGUGUGGUGUGUGGUCACGCACGGCCAAGUGAUGUGGUGUGUCCCCUGACGUGCAUGAACGGAGGGGUGUGCAGCUCCAGGAAGACCUGCUUGUGCCCUCCUGGAUUCACCGGUCGGCUCUGCCAGUUUCCACUGCAGCAAGCUCAGGCAGCACACGGCAACAGGCAGCCGGUGUACCUCACUCACGUGAAGCCCGACGGCCAAAAGCUCGUGGAACAGUCGGCCAUCGGACGCACUCAGCUCACGCAAACACACUCCAUUUUCACCCUGCCAUUGUCGCAGGCUGGGCACUCGUCAGAAGUGCAGAUUAAUGUACGUGUUCACCACGCACCGGAAACCUCAGUCGUCAUCCAACCUCUCGACCAGUCAGACGCCUCCAAGCCUCCUCACAAGACGGGGCCAUGGCAAAUCCCGUCGAGACACAAACCAAAGGGGCGUUGCUUCCAGGAGACCACGCCCAAACAGGCUUGUGACAGCACCCCACUUCCUGUUCUGACCAACCAGGAGGAUUGCUGUGGCAGUGUGGGAAACUCAUGGGGACAAAACAAGUGUUAUCAGUGCCCCAAAUUACCAAAUGCAUCGGUCAAACAGACCAUUGUGGAAGACUACGGCUCGACCUGUCCACAAGGCUACAAAAGAUUUAACAGCACACACUGUCAAGACAUCAACGAGUGCUCCCUGCAGGGUGUUUGUCAGAAUGGAGACUGUCUAAACACGCUGGGUAGUUUCAAAUGUUCCUGCAAGUCCGGCUAUGUUCAGGAGAGGAACCGAUGUGUUGAAUCUCCUCCUGAGCUGGCUCAGUGCUUUAGAUUAGCAUCUGAGACCAGGGGCUGUGAGCACCCACUGCAAAACUACAUCACCAAGGAGGUGUGCUGCUGCACGGUGGGGAAAGCCUGGGGCAACCAGUGCGAACGGUGUCCUCAGGUGGGAACAGUGGCUUUCAGUCAGAUCUGUCCUGCUGGGAAAGGAUAUUUCAUCCAAAGUAUAACAGAAACUGUGGCUUUGUCCCCCAUCCUUUUCCCUCCAAAUUCUCCAGUUGUGACGGAGAAGCCUCCAGAGACGUCUACUGAGCAGCAGGCCUCCAUUGGCCCACGCGUACCUGUUGUAAAACCCACCCCUCCACCAAUCGUCCGCAUCCUCCCAGGCAAUGACCCCCUCGAAAUAGAGACAGAUCUCCCGAACACAGAUGAAUGUAGAGAAAGCAGAAACGUUUGCGGUGGAGGAGAGUGUGAGAACAGCCCAAACGGCCACAUCUGUCACUGUUUCCCUGGCUACCGUCUCAACCAGCAGAAGAACAUCUGUGAGGAUGACAACGAGUGUGAGUCGGAGCCGUGCGGCCACGGCAGAGGCCGCUGCAUCAACACAGAGGGAACGUACAAAUGCCACUGUCGCCCGGGUUACAAACACUUAGUGCUGCAUGGAAGACUAAAGUGCACAGAUGUGAACGAGUGCCUUAAACAGGACAUCUGUGGAGUUGGAGGUCUGUGUGUGAACCUGCCUGGUACUUACAAAUGUGAAUGUCCCAGUGGCUUCAGGAUCAAAGCAAACCGUUACCCAGCCUGUGAAGACAUUAAUGAGUGUUUGAAUCCAGACACCUGUCCUAAAGAGCAGUGUGAGAACACACCAGGCUCCUAUGAGUGUGUGCCUUGCUUGCAUGGUUAUGAGGCCCAUGCUGGUACCUGCUAUGACAUUAAUGAAUGUCUGAAGCCCAACAUCUGUCCCAACGGGCGCUGUGAGAACCUCGCCGGUACUUACCGCUGUCUCUGUAACGACGGCUUCCUCCACUCUGCAGACAGCAAGAGAUGCAGUGACAUUGACGAGUGUGCAGAUGUUCGUCUGUGUGCUAAUGGCCGCUGCAUCAACACAGAGGGCUCGUUUAAGUGCCAUUGUUACCCGGGAUACCAGCGUACGCAGGAGGGAAGCCAUUGUGAAGAUAUUAACGAGUGUGAGAGGCCAUCGAGCUGUGUGAGGGGCCGCUGCAUCAACAGCAUGGGCUCGUACCACUGCGAGUGCCAGAAGGGAUACACACUCGUUGGAGGAAGGGAAUGUCAAGACAUUGACGAAUGUGCUGCGGACAGGAACCUCUGCCAGCCCUACGGCUCGUGUGAGAACAGACCGGGCUCGUACAUCUGCAGCUGUAACCACGGUUACGUCCUCUCGGAGGACAGGCACAGCUGUGAAGCAGUUCAAGUGCUGACAGACGAUAAGAAGGAGUGCUACCUGAACCUGGAUGAUACCGUGUUCUGUGACAGCGUUCUGGCCAUCAACGUCACCAAGCAGGAGUGCUGCUGCUCCAUCGGGAUGGGAUGGGGAGACCACUGUGAGAUCCACCCCUGCCCCGUCUCCCACUCAACUGAGUUCCACUUCCUGUGUCCACACGGACAAGGGUUCUACAGCGAGCAGAGGAUCCAGUACAGUCUGCCUGCAUAUCACGAUAUUGAUGAGUGUUCUCUGUUUGCUGAGGAAAUCUGCAAAAAGGGUCGGUGUGAAAAUACGCUGCGAGGCUACGAGUGCUACUGCCAGCAGGGCUUCUACUACGACAGCAACCUGCUGGAGUGCAUCGACGUAAACGAAUGUCAUGAUGAGUCACUGUGUGUGAAUGGUCAGUGCGUCAACACCGAAGGAGGUUUUUAUUGCAUCUGUAAUUGGCCCUGGACCCCAGACUCCAACAAGAAGAAGUGUGUGAUGGCAACCAUUGCAGAUAUGAAUGAAUGUAACAACCCAGAAAACUGUAAGAAUGGCUUGUGUGUGAACACUGUGGGCUCGUACUACUGUAUUUGUUCUCCGCCCUGGACCCUGGCCGUCGACAGAAACAGCUGUGUGACACCUGAGGAGCAGGCUGAUGUGAAUGAGUGCCAGGACCCCUCGUACUGUAAGAAUGGGAGGUGUGAGAACACGCCCGGCUCCUUUCACUGUUUUUGUGACCCUCCCCUUACCUUCAGUGCAGCGCUCAAACAGUGCGUCUAUGACGAUCGCACUGCAGCACACAAAGAUGUGUGUUUCGUGCAGGUUGAUGAGGGUCUCAUCUGCAGUCGGCCCAUUGAAGUGGUGGUGACCUACUCCGAGUGCUGCUGUCACUACGGUCGCGGGUGGGGUCCCGAGUGUAACACCUGUCCACCCAGAAACUCAGAGAUGUUCAGCCGUUUGUGCGAGAUGCACCUAGAGACCGAGUCAGACGGCGAUCAGGAUUUCCAGGCAGCUUUCUCCAACUACAACCCAGGUGAACCCAUGGGUGACAGUUCAGAGGAGGACUCUGACGAGUGCAGCUGUGCAAAUGGCCGCUGUGUUCGCUCCUACCUGGGCACCAUGUGUGAAUGUAACGCAGGCUUUAGGCUUGACCACUCCCGCGCUCGCUGCAUAGACAUUGAUGAGUGUGCCGAACCCGCCCCUCGCGUCAACCCCUGCAAGAAUGCUCGCUGUGUGAACACAAACGGAUCAUUCAGGUGCCUCUGCAAACAUGGCUUCACGGCCACUCGCCGGCCAAAUGUGUGCAUGCGUCGGCGAGCUCAGUGACCUCUGCAUUGCCCCGUGGGCCACUCCGAUGAUCCCCGGUCUGUGCAGUAAACACACUUGUUUCUUGGUGUUCAAGAGUGCAGAUGUGUGAGAACUACAAACACAGAGCCACUUCGCUGCAAAGGCUCCCAAACUCUCUGCUCCCCUUUCGUUCGCCUUCUAUAAAAAAAUCUAAUAUUUGUUUUGUAAUUAUUGUUUUUCAAACAAGUUUAUUUUUGAAUUGUACAUUUUUGUGAUUUCUUUUAUUGAUCUGAAGUGACCAGAGUUCAAAACUCUGGUUGGAAGUGUGUUUUUAAAACAAAGAGUGUUUUUCUAAGAUCCCUCUGGUGUUACUUCUGACUUUAACUCAUCUAAAAUCUGUAUUUUUUUACAUUCCCCUUUGAAUUCAAGUGCUGUCACGUUUAGUUUUACAUCAUUUGAAUUGCAUUUACACAUUGUAUACAUGUGUUGUUACUGUACAGUUGGUUUAUUGGAGUUUCCCCAUGCUUUCUGUUUGCUUGUUGAUGUAAAAUAUGGAAGACGUGAGGUUUUUAGUUUUAUUUGACACGUGCACAGAUGUAGACUUAAUGAACAAAUUAAAAGCAGAGGAUGUUGGUGCACAAAGCAGUAAAUAUUGGGAAUAUUUACACAGUGUAGCUUCUUCUGGAAAGCCAAGGAAGUUAUUCUGAUUGACUGCAUUGACGUACUUUGAAAACUCAAAAAGGCUGAUGGGAGAACAGUUGGGGAUUUUUAAAGUGUUGCGUUUGUUUUUGAUUGUGGAUUUUGGGUUUUAUAUACAGCUCAAGCAGAGACACUGCGGAGUUCCCUUUCUUUUACCCAGUGCUGUGCUACAUAACAUAAUAAAACCUUAUUUUAUAUUUUCUGUUCUCAGAUUUGAAUCCAAAGUAAAGAAGAAUUAAGCAGUAUGUUAUGAAACAAGCUGCUUAUGUUAUUUGGUUCUGGAAACAGACCAAGUGUAUUUGAACCUUCAGUGGUGUUUCAGGUAAACUGGAUGCUUUUAUCUCACAAGUUUGAAUAAGACACAUGAAGAAUUUGUCAUAAUUAGAGAAGUUGAAGUAAAAUUUGUUCCUUUGGGUAAGAAAAUGUGACACUUGAACAAUUAGUGUCUGUGAGUAAAAACGGUGUGUUUGUGUGUGUGUGUGUGU